UGAAACCCUACAUUCACUCCAGAUUCCAAGAUGCCCGGAUAAUGUAGGCGCGUGCGGACUUCAACUUCCUCACUCUGACUGCAAAGAUCAUGGCUCCAAAGCGCAAACAACCAGCCACCACCACCACCACCUCCUCCAAAUCCGCCGCCGCAACCACAACCACAGCACCCAAACCCCGCCGCUCCAAGCUCGCAAAAGACAACGACCUAACCGCGGAAGAAGAGACCGAAAUCCACGAAGCCUUCGCCCUCUUCUGCACCUCCGCCGACGCCAAAAAGUCCCGCAUCGCGACAAGCGAAGUGCCGCGCUGCCUCAUCGCCUUGAACGCCCCGGCCGCCAAUGCAGCGGAGAAACGCGAGAUCGUGGAUACCCUCGAUCCUGAGAACACGGGAUGGGUGGGGUACGAACACUUCGUCGCCGUGGCGGCGUUGAAGAUGCAUCAGGUGCGGGAUAGCAAGAGGAGGGAAGGUGGUGGUGGUGGUGGUGGGGGGGUGGACGAGGAGGUGCGCAAGGCGUAUGCGUUGUUCACGAAGGGGGAGGAGAGGGAGAUUGAUAUGAGGGAUUUGAGGCGGGUGGCGGGGGAGUUGAGGGAGGAGGUGCCGGAGGCGGUGUUGAGGGAUAUGCUGAGGGAGGCUACGGGGGGUGGGUUGGGUGGGGUGAGUAUGGAGGAUUUCGAGGGAGUGAUGCGGAGGGCGGGGGUG